AUGCGCGCCGCUAGCUCCCUCGCCCGGCGCAUGGCCGUAACCGCUGGCCGCCGCACCAUGGCCUCGUCACAUGGACGUGACGGACACAGCUACCCUCAUGGUAUGCACUUCCACGUGAGUCCCGUGCACAAGAACUUGGCGCUGGCGUACGGUACAAUGCUCUGGCUCUGGGUCUUUUGGCGGGCAAAACAGGACGGGCUUGCUGUAUUGGGGUUCGAGCACCCGUGGGAUCACGGCCACGACGCUGAGGCCAGCCACUCAUUGCAUGACAAGGUCCGAUCGGACACUAAGGCUCUGCCUGUGGCUGUGCUGAGCACCAGCAGCACGGACGAGGGCGAGGAGUUUGACGUCCUCGAUGACUUGCACGACGUGGACGAAGAGUAA